GGAGUGGUGAAUUAGAUAAAAAUGGCGGAUUUCGAUGGGAAACCUGUACGAUUGUUCUUGUGGCAUGUUCCGAGAACUAUCUCGACGGCUUUGACCAAAUGUCUGAGUGGCAUUGAUGGUAUGGACGUUUGGUUUGAAUGUUUUACGUACUGCGGCGUAACUCGAAGAAAUUAUGAGCUUGCUACUGGUGAAGUUAUGCCGAUGGAGUAUGACGGGAAUGAAGAACAGGCACAACAAGCAGCAUCAAUCGUGGGACGUUUAGUGGGAUGCAAAGUACAUGCCGAUAGAAUUAUGUAUGGCAAUGUAAAGCCGAGGAUGGAGGCAUCCACAAGCAAGUACAUGGUAGCUAAGGAGGGGUGUGCAGCUUUUCCCGAUGAGAAAUCCAGGAAAUAUAUACCGACGGGCUUUAAGCAUGUCUUUUUCAUACGCGAUCCAUACCGAGUUUUCAGCUCUUUCAGAAAAGCUAUGUACGAUCAUCAGGUGAGCGUUGGUCUCCGGAAGGGCGACGCUAUUGACGAGAAGGCAUUCGACCUAGAGAAGGAUAACGCUAUCGUACCUUCUAGCGAGCUCUUUAUCGACAUCCACGAUGUCUGGAAGUACGUCCGCGACAACGUUGACCCUAACCCAAUCGUCAUCAACUCAGACGACCUUUUGGCCAACCCGGCAGAGAUGCUGUCAAAGUUCUGCCAUCUGACUGGUCUUCCAUACAGUGAUUCGCUUCUUCAAUGGGAUGCUUCUCCAGAUAUCACCAAGACCUGGGAAGUGGCUAGCGAUGAGGUACUAGAGAAAGCUGUUCCCUUUUAUGGAACAGCACUCUACUCGAGCAAGUUUCAACCACCUAAACCUCCCGUUUGCAAGGACAGAGUGGCACCAGAUGUCAGGAAACUUUCGGAAGCGUCCAUGCCAUACUUCGAGGAAAUGAAUAAGUUCAAAAUAUAAAAUCUUCAUCCAGCUACUAUCUCAUUUUUUUCACAUGCACAUUCUUUACAUAAAUAAUAAGCUAUAAACAAUAAAGAAUGAAAAGCAUUGUUCUUUCAAGAGGUGUAAGAA